UUUCCGCGCAUUCGAUACUUGGCCACACUGCUGCCCAGUUUCUUUGUGCGUGCUGUACACCAUUCUGUGGAAAAGUGAAGAAAACUUUGACUAAGAGUUUCAUUACUGGUUGGUUGAUAACAAAUAAUACAGAUAAUGGCUGAUAUUAACGACUCCAACGGAAACUACGACGAUUGCGAUGAGAUCACCGAGCCAGAGCAGCUGCGUAAGCUGUUCAUCGGUGGACUGGACUAUCGUACCACGGACGAGGGCCUGAAGGCGCACUUUGAGAAAUGGGGCAACAUUGUGGACGUGGUGGUGAUGAAGGAUCCUAAGACCAAGCGUUCUCGGGGCUUUGGAUUCAUUACCUACUCGCAGUCGUACAUGAUUGAUAACGCCCAGAAUGCGCGCCCUCACAAAAUCGAUGGACGCACUGUAGAACCGAAACGGGCGGUUCCCCGCCAGGAAAUCGAUGCCCCUAAUGCGGGUGCCACCGUAAAGAAGCUGUUCGUUGGUGGACUGCGCGACGAUCACGAUGAGGAGUGCCUGCGGGAGUACUUCAAGGACUUUGGUCAGAUCGUGGGUGUGAACAUUGUUUCGGACAAGGAUACUGGCAAGAAGCGAGGCUUCGCCUUCAUUGAAUUCGAUGAUUACGAUCCUGUGGAUAAGAUCAUCCUGCAGAAGAACCACACCAUUAAGAACAAGAGCCUGGAUGUUAAGAAGGCUAUUGCCAAGCAGGACAUGGAUCGCCAGGGUGGUGGCGGCGGAGGGGGAGGCGGUGGCGGUCGGGGUGGUCCCGGCGGUCGCCCUGGUGGUGGCCGUGGAGGCGAUCGCAACCAAGGCGGAGGCGGCGGCGGUUGGGGCGGAAACAACCGUCAGAACGGCGGCGGUAACUGGAACGCCGGCGGCGGUGGUUUCGGCAACAACGGUGGCAACUUUGGCGGCCAGGGCGGCGGUGCCGGCGGCUGGAACCAGCAGGGCGGCGGCGGUAGUGGUGGCGGCCCGUGGAACAACCAGGGUAACAAUGGCUGGAACAACGGCGGUGGUGGUGGCAGCGGUGGCUACGGAGGCGGUAACAGCAACGGAAACUGGGGCGGCAACGGAGGAGGUGGCUUCGGCAAUGACUACCAACAGAGCUAUGGCGGUGGACCCCAGCGAAGCAACAACUUUGGCAACAACCGGCCAGCUCCCUACAGUCAAGGCGGCAGCGGUGGCUUCAACAAAGGUAACCAGGGUGGUGGACAAGGCUUCGGCGGUAACAACUACAACUCUGGAGGCGGCCAGGGCAAUAUGGGAGGCGGCAAUAGACGUUACUAGACAAGGUAAUCACACGUAGAGAGGCAGAGUCAGUACAAGCUAGACAAGCAGACAGUCUAGGCAGGCAGAUGCAGAUGCACUAUCACUAUCACAAGCUCAGGCUCAGGCUCAGGCAGGCAAUGAGAGGCAGGUGUGAGUGUGUGUCAGACCAGGCAGACAAGAUCAGAACCCGUACCAGAUCCAGAUGCAGGCCCGAGUGCAAGACCAAAAAAAGAAAAAGAAAAGCAAAACCUACAAUCUAUAAAAGAAUGCAUGCAAAAAGCCCAAAAAAAAGUGAAGAGCCAAUAACGAGAAUAAGGAACAAUACUAACUCCUUUCGUUCAAAGGUGUACUGAUACUGUCUCUCUUUUUGUAAUCUUUAAUUCGCUGAUCAAUUCAUGUUUAGGAUCUUAAGAACCUUGAACGCUUAGUUUUAACUAUAUUAACGAAGAGAAAAAAAUUUAAAAGAAAUUUAUCGAAACCCAACCAACAAAAAAUUUAAUUAAACUAUAAUUUUAUUUCUUUAAAACAAAAAGACUACCAUAGAAACCAUUUGAGUUUUCAACAAAAAAAAUACAAUCGGUUGAACCAAAAAGGGUGUAAUAAGGUAGAGUAACAUGAAAUAUGUUCAUGCCGGGAUGCGGUGGAUGGCCCACAGCUGUAGAUGUAUUUCCAUUUUGUUUAUUUUAAAUAGCAAGAGCAAUUGUAUAAAUUCAAAUAGUAUCAUAUUUUGUAAUCAAUUUUUUGUACGAUUAAGAACUUUUAUAUAAUUUAAUAUAUCAAGAUCAAGGCAACAUCUAUAAUUCCAAAUGGGUAUGAGAAUGUACUAGCAAUGACUUACUAAUGAAACAUACCAACUUUUGUUAGUCCCUAAGAAGAAACCAAACGCUAAGAAAGAAAAAAAAAAAAACAACCAACUACACAAAAAGUAAUCACACAUUUUCUGUAAUUAGUUCGUUCCAAAAAAAAAAGGCGAUGAGAUAAAGGAUAAUAAAAAUAUAACCAAUGUUACCCACCCGAAA